UUUGUGAAUUAGAGAAUUAAUGGCUGUUUUGCAGAGAAUUGCAGCAAAUUAGAGAUGUUUUGUUGCGGCUGCGAAAUUGUGAAAUGAAGUUUGAAGAAGGAGGUUGAAGAAGAAGGUUGAAGAAGAAGAAGAAGGUUGAAAAUUACGCUGCUUUGUGAGAAUCCGGUUUUACAUUAGCGUUAAUGUAAGCCGGUUGUACGCAAUACUUUCCUAAGUAUUUAUAUAUAAUUUGAAUUAAUAGAGCAUGAAUUAAUUCUAGUUAAGAUGGUAAUAGACGUGGUUUCCAUUCAAUGAGCUUUGUGUGUUGUUUUGUUGAAAUAGGGGAAGUGAAACUUUCUACAAAUUUUGAGUUCCUACAAAAUAUAAAAACUUACUUAUUUAACCCCUAUAUAAGUAGCAAAGCUCCUAAAAAGUUACUUUCAUGGAAAGUUCUAAUUCCCAAGUGAACCAAACAAAAAGCAGUAUAGAUUUUGAUCAGAGCCAACGGCUGAACAAGAGUCAAUGGACACAGGGUCAAUUGAAGUUGCAAAAGUCGGUGGCAAAUCCACAGUAACCCGCUGUUUCUCCAAGUAUCCCCUCAAAUUCAUUGUACCCAAUAAGACCCUUUUUCAGGUGGGUAAUCGAAAUGCUGAUUGCGUCUGGAUUUACUCGCUAAGCUAUGGAGGUGGAAUUGUUUCGGGUGAUUCAAUAAAAUGUAAUUUCACCAUUGGAGAUGGGUGUACUACUGUGUUGACUACACAGGCUUCAACUAAGGUAUACAAAUCUGUUGCAUCGAAGGGCUCAGAGCAAAUUUUGGAGGCACGAGUUGGACAUGAAGCGUUGCUGGCUAUCAUUCCAGAUCCAGUGACAUGUUUCACCACCGCAAGGUAUACUCAAAAGCAAGUAUUCAGGGUGCUAUCAGACUCAAACUUAUUGGUUGUUGAUUGGUUUACAAGUGGACGCUAUGACAGCGGAGAAAGAUGGAAUUUUGAAUCAUACAAGAGUACCAACAAUAUUUUCUGUGAAGAUGGCCAACCUUUGUUUCUUGAUACGAUACUGUUGGAGAAAGGAGCCAUUAGCAGUAUUUCAGAGUGCAUGCAGGAUUAUCAAGUUACAGCAAUGAUCGUAGUAUUGGGACCAAAGAUGAAGCAAUUACAGAACCAGGUUCUAGAAAAUGUGGAAAAUAUGAUGUCUGGAUAUUUUCAAGUCAAAACUAACAUUCCAAGGCUUAGCAUGAGAACAAAUUCUGAGUUUUGCUUCACGAAACCAAGCUUUAUUGCAUCGUGUAGUACCUUUGGCCCCAAGGGUGUUGGUCUUAUCGUCCGCAUAGCAGCUCUAACAACUGAACCUGUGUAUCAAUUUCUACGCCAUCAGCUGGCUUGCUUAGAGCCAUAUCUUGGGGCCUUGCCAUAUACCUGAAUGCUGAGGGAAGAUGGUGAAAUUGGGUUCUGCAUCGGUAAUAAUUGGCAAUAAACUGCCAUUCAUGUUAAUGCUGCAAUUUAUGUGUUGAAUUUCAGUGAAGUUGAAUGAUUUGUUUACAUACAACUUUCAAUGGUUUUUGAACUGCCCUUCUGUGUAGGAUUUGAAAUUGUUUAGGGAAAAUUGAUUGGAUAAUUAUACCACAACUAGACAACAAUAUUGUAUUUACUCUUCUCUUUUACAAAAACCAAUAUGACUAUAUUUUGA